CCAGCCAAAAAGGGAGAAAGAGAGAGAGAGAGAGAGAGUCAGAAUCAGAGAUUUGUCACAGAGAGUUUGCUAGUUCACAAGACAGACCCUAGGCUAGACCAGCCUUGGUGCGUCAACAAGAUGGCAACAUCACACCCUCUCCCUGAAGGUUUCACUGAGCUCGAAGUAUUUGGCUUUGGCACGGUGAUGAUGGCAGAAGCAUUGCUUGGAUUCUCUCUGAAUAUGUUGACCAUUGUCUCUUACUGGAAAAUCAAAGAAGUUCGAACACCUGGCAACUUUCUGGUUUUCAACCUUGCGCUGUCCGACUGUGGAAUCUGCAUCAACGCUUUCAUAGCAGCGUUCUCUAGUUUUUUAAGAUACUGGCCCUAUGGCUCAGAAGGAUGUCAGAUUCAUGGAUUUCAUGGAUUUUUAACCGCCCUGACCAGCAUUAGUUCAGCAGCUGCAGUUGCCUGGGACCGAUACCAUCAAUACUGCACUAGAAGCAAGCUUCAGUGGGGCUCAGUGGUCUCCAUGGCAAUGUUCCUCUGGCUGUUUUCUGCCUUUUGGGCUGCAAUGCCACUUCUAGGGUGGGGUGAAUAUGAUUAUGAGCCUCUGAGAACCUGCUGCACUUUGGACUAUACCAAAGGAGACAGGAAUUAUAUCACAUAUCUUAUUCCUCUGGCCUUUUUCAAUUUUGUGAUCCCCGUUUUCAUUAUACUAACAGCCCACCAAUCUAUUGAUCACAAGUUCAAGAAAACUGGACAGUUCAAGUUCAACACUGGUUUGCCAGUAAAAGCUCUGGUCAUUUGCUGGGGACCCUAUUCGCUUUUAUGUUCCUAUGCUGCCAUUGAAAGUGUGGCUUUCAUCUCACCCAAAGUCCUAAUGAUUCCUGCUAUUAUUGCCAAGUCCUCACCAGCUGUGAAUGCCUUAAUCUAUGCUCUGGGAAAUGAGAACUACCGAGGUGGAAUAUGGCAGUUCCUCACAGGACAGAAGAUGGAGAAAAGUGAAGUUGACAACAAAAUGAAGUGAUGUGUGCUUGCAUGAAGCUAUCAGCCGCAUCACACAUGACACUUUUAAAUUUUUGUUUUUAAUGUACCCUUAAAAAUAUCAUGUGUGAAUAGGCAUAUUUGCCGGUGAUGGUCUUACCGGUACUCUCAGAGAGCCAGGAUUGGCUACAGUUCCCCAUGGAGUAUAUAUAUGCCCAGUGUCUCACCCAGAUCUGUGGCUGUGUAAUGGGUGCAAUGGCUCUCAAUUAAGGCAGGCGUCACAUUGUGAAAAAAGAACCAGUAGCAGAAACUGUGUGCAUUUACCGUAACUCAAUUAACUGUGGUUCCACAUUGAAAAAGUGGUUUGCAUUGUCUGCUAGCAAUUACUGUAGCACUGAAAAGGAUGUCAUGCGGAUAUAACUGUUGGAUUUGUCCUUAACCUGUCAUGUGCUAUUUGUCAAACAAGCUGCUGCAUCCUUCUGUGGCCCAGUAGCCAUCUCAUUUUAUAUGUCACUGUGAAUAAAUUGCAAGUGCAGAAGGCCCCCAACUCUCUCUCACUCUCACUCUCUUAAUGCAACAUGGAACGAAUGUCAGAAAAGAAACUGUGAAAGGAUCAUUGGUGGAGAAUCAAGUGAGGUUUGAUAGAAAAAAAUUCCACUUGACUAGUACAUAUGGCAUUUCUGGGUUAUGGAGAGAUUAAAGC